AUGGCUGACUGCAUCGAGUCAAACUACCGCAGAAAUCUCUCUGCAAUUGAGAAAGGGUUCCGGCAGGGAGUUGUGACUUGUGCAGUCGCCAGCGCCAGAGGACGUGAGCCUGUCAUUCCUGCUAGGUACAUUAAGGCUCUCCAGGAACUUGUCAGGGACGAUUCCACCGUCAUAGCUCCGGCCGAUAAGGGUGGCGGUGUAGUUUUGAUUGAUGGCGCUGACUACGUCACUAAAAUGGAAGUCCUGCUCUCGGAUAUCUCUAUUUACAGGGAAGCUGGGACAGGAAACGCGGAGGCGAGGUCCCUAGAGUUCAACAGAGCAGCAAGGAAGAUCCUCAGGUGUUCGGAGAAGGGGAAGGCUUUGCUGCAUCUGCUCGAGGAAACGCCAAGCACGCCGACGAUCCGUGGGAACAUCAAAACCCACAAAGAAGGAAACCCCGUGAGACCCAUCACCAACGGGACCGGGAGUGCCCCACACCGGUUAGCCAAAAAGCUUGCAGCACCUCUCUCGAACGCCCUAAACUCCAUCAGCGGUUGA